CAGGCGAACAAAGCCCAGCCCGUCUCUGGCGCUAGUGGGAGGGGACUUGCAGCUGCGCGCCGGGCUGGAUAGUGCUUCUGCGGUCGCCUGCUCCACCUCCAACUGGGUCCAUUCAGAGCCGGCGCGGAAGCCCAAGCGGCCGUGGGAGAAGGAAAGAGAAGAGCCAGCCGGCUCCCCGCUGAUGCGGCGUCAAGUCGCCGUCACACCAGAUUUAUCCAGGAGCCAUGGGGCACCCUCCGCUGGAAUUCAGCGAUUGUUACCUGGACAGCCCUGACUUCAGAGAAAGGCUCAAAUGUUAUGAGCAGGAGCUGGAGAGGACCAACAAGUUCAUCAAGGACGUCAUCAAAGAUGGGAAUGCUCUCAUCGGCGCCAUCAAAAAUUACUCCUUGGCUGUACAGAAAUUCUCCCAGACUCUCCAGUCCUUUCAGUUUGACUUUAUUGGGGACACCCUGACAGAUGAUGAGAUUAACAUUGCCGAAUCCUUUAAGGAGUUUUCAGAGCUGCUUCAAGAGGUGGAACUUGAAAGAUCAAUGAUGGUGCAAAAUGCUAGUGAUUUACUGAUCAAACCACUGGAAAACUUCCGCAAGGAGCAAAUUGGAUUCACCAAAGAACGGAAAAAGAAAUUUGAGAAGGACGGGGAGAGGUUUUACUCCAUGUUGGAUCGCCAUUUGAAUUUAUCUUCAAAGAAAAAAGAAUCCCAUUUGCAAGAGGCUGACAUGCAGGUGGAUAAAGAGCGGCACGUUUUCUUUGAAUCUUCCCUGGAAUACGUCUAUCAGAUCCAAGAAGUGCAGGAGAGCAAGAAGUUUAGUAUUGUGGAGCCUGUCUUGGCUUUCCUCCAUAGCCUCUUCACCUACAACAACCUGACUGUGGAAUUGACGCAGGAUUUCCUGCCAUAUAAGCAACAACUUCAGCUCAGUUUGCAGAACACCAGAAAUCACUUCAGCAGCACCCGGGAAGAGUUGGAAGACCUCAAGAAGAGGAUGAAGGAAGCUCCUCUCACUUGCAAGCUCCCUGGGAAGCCGACCAUAGAAGGCUACCUGUAUUCGCAAGAAAAAUGGGCCCUGGGCAUCUCAUGGGUCAAAUACUACUGCCAGUACGAGAAAGAGGCAAAGGUGUUCAGGAUGACACACAUGGAGCAGAAGCCAGGGUCAAAGCAAGGCACCUUACACCUGAUGCUGAAGUCCUGUGUGAGGAGGAAGACAGACUCCAUAGACAAAAGAUUUUGUUUUGACAUUGAGACGCUGGAAAGACCUGGGCCCAUCACCCUGCAAGCCCCUUCGGAAGCAAAUCGACGGCUCUGGAUGGAGGCCAUGGAUGGGAAAGAGCCAGAGGAAGAGGCUGAGUGUGGCGACAUGAUUGGAGUUAAUAAAGCUAGGCCUGGGAUGGAGAAAGGGAAUAGAAAAAAAUCUUUCUCCAUCUCUUAUAGAACUCAUGGACAUCCAGUGAAGAUCUACCACAGUCCCAUCACAAAGCAGGAAGAAAUGGAGCUGAAUGAGGUUGGCUUCAGAUUUGUCAGGAGAUGCAUCAAUGCCGUAGAGACAAAAGGUAUUACAGUCGAAGGCGUCUAUCGAACUGUUGGGAGCAACAUCCAGGUGCAGAAGCUCCUGAAUGCCUUCUUUGACCCGAAGUGCCCAGGGGAUGUGGACUUCCAAAAUAGUGACUGGGACAUCAAGACAAUUACAAGCUCAUUGAAGUUCUACCUCAGGAAUCUCUCUGAACCUGUCAUGACGUAUAAGCUUCACAAAGAAUUGAUCUUAGCUGCCAAGUCUGACAACCUGGAUUAUAGGCUGGGGGCGAUCCAUUCCCUUGUCUAUAAACUCCCUGACAAAAACCGAGAGAUGCUAGAAAUGAUCAUCAGGCACCUGGUCCAUGUGUGUGAACACAGCCGGGAGAACCUGAUGUCUCCAUCUAACAUGGGGGUCAUAUUUGGCCCCACACUCAUGCGAGCCCAGGAGGACACCGUCGCUGCGAUGAUGAACAUCAAGUUUCAGAACAUUGUGGUGGAGAUCCUCAUUGAGCAUUUCCACAAGAUAUAUUCCGGCCCCCCUGAGGACAAUGCUGCACCCCCAGUGCCUCCUCCCCGGGUAGCCACUCGACGGCACAAACCCAUCACCAUCUCCAAGCGCCCUCUGCGGGAGAGGCCCGUCUUCUUUGGAGGCUCUGUGGAAGACAGUGAAGCAGAGGAUGGCUGCUUCCACACCCCCAAUGGCACAAUGCUUCCUGGCUGCACAGAGGCCCCCAGGCCACUCCAGCGCAGCAGACUGCCGUUGCAGAGGCCAGGGGAGGCUGAUACCAGGAGGCCCAGCGCAGAAAGCAGGUCGGAGCAGUGUGCAGAUGUGGAUGUGGGGAGACUGGUCUCCAGGCUCCAGGACAGCGGGCAGAAGCUCCCCAGCAAAGCGGCGAAUGGCGUCAUGCCUGUGACGGAGUCCCUGAAGGCCUCCACACUGCAUGCUAAGAGGCCUGCUCCCAGACUUGGGCCAGGCUGCAAGGAAGGUGAAUACGAAGGCUUUGCUAAAGCACGAUCACCUGGAGAGAAGCCAGUGAUAACACGUCCUCCAGUGAGACCCCCGGACCCUCCAUGCAAAGCCCCGGCGGCUCAUAAGGCAGAGGCUGCCUCUGUGGUGGCCUCCAGGACAAAGUUUUUUGAGACAGCUUCCUUCAGGAGAGGGAGCUCUUCCUCACCACAAGGCAGACUCCCCAGUGAUGAGACCUGAAGGAUUAAUGACUUGUAUGUCUGAUCCUGGCUGGUUCCAGAGAGAUUUGCCACAGCCCCUCCUCCAAUUCUCCCUCUCCUGGUUCGUGAGUCUUGCUGCGUAGAUCAGCUCUUAUUCCAAGAUCUCAUCGUUGAAGCAUACCGUUCUGAAUAGUUUCCUAAGAGAACAAAUCCAUCUUGCCAUCAGUUUCCGAAAGUAGCUCCUUCUUUCCUGCUUCCUCCAUGUUUCUACUGUUGCCUGUAUCCAAGAACACUUGUUUGUUUAUCUUUGGGAUGUUUGGGAGAAGUUGGAAUGCCAUGGCUGGCCAAGGAAGAUAGUUGGUGGUGGGGUGCACGCAAACAGUUUUAUCCACCCUGUUCCACAUCCCUUUAAUGUGGCAUGGUGGACCCACACCAAGAUUUAUGUACAGGGCUUUGGGGGAGCACCAGCUCUUAGCGCACUGGCUGUCUUAAGACAAAUCACUCUGUGCAUUGUGGGGGACGGGGUGUGGGGAGAUGGACACUUCUUUCUAAAUCCUUUUGAAGAAUGCGAAGACAUUUCCAAGUGGGGGUUCUCCCCCACAGCAAAGCACUGAAGAAUGAACCUUUUGAUUUUCUGCAGUGGAACAGAGAGCAAUUUUGGUGGUUAUGCUGCCUCUGCAUCCUCUGCUUGGCCUCCCCAGGUGGAAAGCAGCCCUCUGCUAUUGUGCACUGGAAGGAGACAGGACCAUCCUGUAUGGUUUUCAUUCCGCCCUGGAGCAGACAACGAGAGAGCCUAUGUUUUUUUUGGGGGGGGGGGGAACCCCUUCACCUCCUGCCUGAGGCACUUAUACACAUGGUGACUUCAUCAUCAACGUGCCUCUCUAACUCUGGUCUACUGGGGAGGAGGCAGAGGUACUUUCAACAUUUCAGCAGAGAUGUUCAUUUUCCUGGUUCUUGGAAUGCACCAUGGUUCUCCAUCCUAUGUCUUGUGUUUCUCAGGAGUGUGGUCAAAAGCACUCCUUUGGAUUCUGUGGCUUUGAAGAACUGGCUUCCCAUCACAACACACACAGGUUUCUGAGGACCAAAGCACAAAGCAUCAAGGCAGACCAAGCAACACCUUUUUUGUUUGUUUGUUUAAAUAAUAAUCCAAACUCAGUUUAUAUUGAAUGUUAGAAUCUUUACCGAUUCACAUGUCUCCUGUAAAAAAUAUAUAAAAACCACUCUUUGGCUUCGCUUUCUUCCUGAAAAGAAAAUAAAAACACCCUGGGCAUUCAAAUAUUGCCGACAAUUCUGCCUUUUUUUCCAAACACAGAUUUUCGUAGGGCUGGAAGGAUCUUCAAAAUGUGGUUGAAGGUCACAACAGCAAGAAAGCUGUCCGGAGGGUGGCAACAUAAGAACAGGCCUUCUCUGCAGUGGCUCCCCAUUUGUGGAAUGCUCUCCCCAGGGAAGUUUGCCUGGCGCCUUCAUUAUACACCUUUCGGCGCCAGGCAAAAACGUUCCUUUUUAACCAGGCUUUUGGUUGAUUUGAUUGACAUCCUAUGCCCUUUUAAAAUGUGGUUCUUUUUGGGGGGGGGUGUUAUUGGGUUGUUUUUACUUUGAUUAUAUAUAUUGUGGUUUUAUAUUUUGAUUUUGUUCUGUGAAUUGCCCUGAGACUUAGGGCAGUAUAUUAACUAGCUAACUGCUGUAAAUAACUAACUGCGGGGCAGAAGAAAUUAACACGCAAAGUAGAAAGGUUUCCAUCCCAAUCCAGUUGCUGCACACAAUCUCUGCAUGGGUACAAUUCAGCUACUUCUCCUUCAUCAGCUUUACCAAAGCCUUAAACUAGUAGGAAGCAGGGAGGGGCCUUCUAAGCAGCAGGAACACUUUGUAUUCAAGAUAGACAGGCAGAACCUUUUACAAAUGCGCCGUCCUAAAUGGGAAGGGCCAACACCACAGCAGGAACCCCGUUUUAAAUUCUCAAGGAACCCUGACAAACCCACCAGUAGCCCAUGCUGCCAGCUAGUCAAGGAACACCGGGAACAUGAGAGAAUAUGCUUAUGGUAUGCAUGAAACUGGGUUUUUCGUUUUUCAAGAGAAUGUAAGCAGAGCUGCUGUAGAAGUGGAAACAGGUUCCAAGGAUGUCCAGAGGUUUAGGGUGGGAGGGAGCCUAUAUCUGCCCUGCAGGGCCAACACUUAAUACAGGGUAUGGCCCUCCAGGCUCCAAGCAGCACUGACAUCUACAACCCUGCUUUGUAAGCAGAAUGCUAAGCUCAGAGGCAUAAAGAAUUUUUGAGUUUGUUCCGUGUCCAUACACACACAUGUUUAGUCAGUGGUCAAAACUAAACAUGGCGAUGCAUGGUCAUUCUGAUGUUCAUGCCGUCCUCCUACUCAAGACACUCAGAAGUUUCUGUCCAAGUAACAGCAAGUCUGUUAAUAUAAUUGUAGAUAGAUCUAGUGAAGGUAGAAAAUAUCCACUCACCGGGCCCAGUGGUGGGUGAGGUUUGUGGCCCGGCACGCCACUCCGCUGGCCAUUGUUCUGCCCACCCCCUUGGUCGCCACAGAGCUUUCUGGGUUCCCAGAAAGUUGUGGCCAUUUUAAUCCCAAGUACUUUGUCAUGUGUUUUCCUUUAUCUGAGGCCUGGCUCCCGGAGAGCAGGGGGACUGCACCUGGGCACGCAGUCUGCAUGUCCCCCUUCUCCUGGAUUGGGUAGUGUUAAGUCCUCGAGGUUGUAGUGACCAAAGAAGAAAGCAUGGAGUCAUUAAGCCAAUUUCAGUGUUCUGAGUCCAUGAUUCCAAUCAAUCAAUGGAUUGUGCAGGGCUCCCAUGUCCUGAUCCCGUGGCAGCUAGGGGGAAAUGUGGAAGAUGCACCAGAUAGCAGCAGUUGACACGCAACAUGUGCUUUAUUGUAUUCUAGCUCUUGUGGCCAUUUUCUCCGCAAAAGGUCCGGGGGGUGGGGUGGGCAUUGAGCACCAUCAUGUGAUGUGAAAUUGGUACAUUUUUCACCAGGCCUCGAUUCAUCAUAAGCUAAAAGAUGUUCAGCAAUUCCACACACUAUUUUUGUGAAAUUUAAGGCACUUAAGGUAUCUUCCACCGGUUGUGUGGGGUUGUUUUUUUGUUUUGGUUUUGGUUUUGUAAAGUGAUUAGUUGCAAUGAUUUUAGUGAUGUUAAUAAAGUUAAUAAAGAAGGAAAA